UUAUACUGCAUUACAUCGCAUUUUUGCACGUUUGAGCAAUGGAAAAAAAUCUAGAAAAAUAGAAAAAUUAAGGGAGAACAUAAAAAUUGUGGAUAUUCUGCUACAUUCGUUUCUUUUUUUAUUUAUUUUUAAUUUCUUAAUAUUUCGUGAUCACUGAGAUUUAAACUUCUAUCUCCUUUCGAAGUGAUUCGCAACGUAUUGAUACUUAUUUUAAGCAUGGAACAUUUUGUCUUCUUGGAAUCGCGGUCAGAAAUUUACAUGUUAAGUGAAAUUGUACGUAACUAGCAUCCACAUUAUCAUGAUAUCUAAAUCGAGACGUGCAUCUUUCAUGCAUGACGUGCCAAAUUGAGAAAUGAGAAAAUGGUGUGGUAAAAGCCUGCAGUUGAACUAUUCAUUCAUAGAAGCGUGACAGUGUGAGAGAAACGCUGAAAGCAUCAGCUAUGUCGCGCGGGUUAGAGUUUGCAAAGUCUGUCUUGAAAACUAUAGCAACAUCGCCAGGUUUCGGACGUUCUAUGAAAGGCGUGCACAUACUGUCAGCUGGUGAUGGGAAAUGUAAGGCACAAUUUACUGUAGCCGAAGAGCAUUUAAAUAUGGCUGGUACUUUACACGGUGGUUUCACUAGUACCAUCAUAGACUGUGUGUCUACCUAUGCUGUAAUGACCCAUAAAGAUUGUCAUCCUGGAGUUUCUGUAAACUUAAACGUGACGUUUAUAAAAGCUGCGUUUCCCGGUGAGACGGUGACAGUCGACGCUCAAACUGUACGUGCUGGUAAGAAAUUAGCAUUUCUGGCAGUGGAACUUACAAAGAACGACGGUAAAGACGUCGUUGCUCGUGGAGAACACACGAAGUAUAUCGCCAUGCCUGACGGAUAAAAAGGUGACUUGUUGAUGUAUAUGCAAAUCUGUUGAUAUAUGUACAUAGCUAGAAAUAUAUGUACAUUAGACAAA